CGAAAUAAAUAUCAAAAUUCGUAAGAUUUUUUUCCUUAUUUUUAGAUUUUAAAUGUCAAAAAGUGGGGGGCAAAAAGAUAUGUCCUGGACUAUAUUUCUAUCUAUAGCCCCCGAAUCCAUGUGUGCAUUCUUGGCAUAUAUGUUUCACAUCCAGUGGGGACUGUUACUCAAAAGACCCUAAGAAUUUGACAAAUGUGCUUACAAAUAAAUAGAUUUAAUGGUCUCUGGUUUUAGUUAUACAUUUUGCUUGGUAUUCAAUUUGCAAUAAAUAACUUGUCAUCAUAAAUGUUAACUUAGGCAUUCAUGGCGAUAUUUGGGACCGAUCUAGAUAUUUCUUUUACAGUUUAUGUCUAUAUUUUGCUAAAAUUGGCUCAUGAUGUUUAAACUUACUGAAAGACUCAAUUUAAGUUUUAUUUUUUAUUCUUUAAUUAUAAAUGUUAGGUGUGUGAAGUAAGAAUGAAUGUGAAUGUCAUCUUAAAUAUUCUGUGAGGAUUCCUUUCUCUUUCUCUCGUUGUUUGUGAAACUUGUGCCCAAUCCUUUUGUUAAUUAUGUUAAUAAAAUAUGUUUAAACUAAACGUGCCCAUUUAAAAUCAUCCCGAAAUCUCCACUAACACGGUUCGACUUUACCACUAUUCUGCCUGAUCCUGUCGAAAUCUUCGCCCGAUUCUAUCUGAUCCUGUAAAUCGUCUUAACCCCGAUUCAUGUUUUUAGUAUGUACCACUGAAAUUAUUUAGAAGUAUGGCGGCAAGUGUGUGGCUGCCAAAAUAUGCAAAAUCUGUCGAAGAAGAAACGCUGAAAUGGCUCUUAAAAAUAUUUCUUCAGCAGGAAAGGAAGUUUGUUAAUCUGGUAAUUGAAGGGUGCAAUGCGAAGCGAGCAUGUUGUUUUACGGACGCCUUCGUUGAAUUAGAAGCGUACCAAAAAAACAGAUCGUGCGAGGAGCCCGUGUCAAAAAGAAAUGGGGUGUUGGUUACAGACAUGGUUGAUACUGACAUAUUGGAACAAUUUAUAUUAUCGGGGGUUGAAGCUGUUCCUAACAUCGAACCAUUUCGUGCGAUAUUGGACUUUAUCCACGAUAGAAGGAGACAUGAACUGGCAAUCAGGAAGAUUAUGGAGAAGACGGGAGGAUCGGGACUGGCAGUGGCACUCUCAGAACACCUGUUUUCUCAACUCUUAGCCAGCAAAGACUACAGGAUAGAUUGUUCCUCUAAACACCUUCUGAAGAAAUGCGCGUGUGGUUGUAAUGCUGACAUCAAAUCUGGAACUACAGCUCUCGGAUCACCGUUUCACAUGGCAUGGCAGAGCUGACGUUCUCCUUAACCAGAUAAUUGCUGUUCAGAUCCUCGAUGAACAAGUGGAUGCUUCAAAGAUUGAUUCACCAUUGAACACACAAGACACAAACGAUUCAGAACAAGAGGAUGGUGAGCCAGCAUGGAAAAAACUAAGACCCCAUUCAGAUGGUAUCAUAUCUGCUGUAAAUGCCAUUGAGGUAAAUAGUAAGAACGGAAAGGACACACUGUAUGAUCUUCAUGUGUUGGAUAGGAUUGUCGCCGAGGCAGUGACUAACAGCUUUACUCAGGUUUAUUCACAAGCUUCACUUGCAGAUCUCCUGAUUCCAACAGUGGCAACAACUUCAAAGUACUUUACAAUACUACUGUACGACCCAGUAAAUGAUAUUUUGUUACAAGAUGUACUUCGAUUUAGUAUCUGGGAAUAUCCGGAGGAUGCUAGACUCAACUUGUUUUCGGUUGUUUGUUUGUGGUUAUUUUUUAAUUUCACUACAUUUGUAAGGAAAACCAGCUUGUGGAGGAAUGAGAUAGAAACAGUGGAGUCAGAAUUCCAUAAGAUCUUGGAUUUGAAGCUGGAGAGGUAUAAGAAAAUAUCUACAGACAAUAAAACACAAACGGAAAUAUUGAAUGACCAGGAGGGGUCCUCGUAUGGAGAGAUCCUAGAUCUGUCUUGUCAAAGGAUUAAAAGAAAUAGGGAAAUUUGAAAGUAAUGUAAGAAAGA